UGAGUCAACAAGCUCAUUUAGACUUGAAGAAUAUCAAUGUGAAGAUAGAAGAUGCAGACCAAGCAAUUAUUGUUUUGUGCUUAUUGCCUGACUCUUAUGACAACUUUGUUGAAACUCAUCUUCAUAGGAUCAACUCUCUAUGGAAGAUGUCAAGGCAACCCUAAAUUCAAGAGAAUUGAAGAAGAAGGAGUUCGGAGACAAGAGUGGUGAUCAAGCAACAGGAUUGGUCAUAAAAGGUACACAAAAUAAUAGAACUUUCAACAAGCGAGGAAAGUCUCAAUCCAAAUCACGAGCCAAGCAUGCUCGAUGUUACGAGUGCAAUGAGAUGGGACAUUUCAAAAAAAAUUGUCCCAAGCUCAAGGAGAAGAAAGAUGAAAAAUCCAGUGAUGCCAACAUUACCAGUUGCAGUGAUAAUUUAGAUGAUGGAGAUUGUAUUCUAUCUGUUUCUACAAACCCCUCCGGUGAGGAAUGGAUUUUAAAUUCAGGUUGCUCAUUCCAUGUAUGCCCACGACGUGACUGGUUUGAAACAUAUAAACUAGCCACUAGCACGAUGGCUCUUGGUGAUGAUACAAUGUUGCCUAUUGUUGGAAUUGGCAACAUCCGGAUCAAGAUGUAUGAUGGGAUGGUUAGAACAUUCGAGGUUCGCCAUGUGCCGGAUUUGAAGAAAAAUCUCAUUUCCAUGAGUGAGCUUGACUUCAAGGGCUGUCGAUACUCCUGUGAAAGUGGAGUUCUUAAAGUCUCUAAAGGAGCUCUUGUAAUAUUGAAGGGGAAGAAAGUUGGUGGUCUUUAUCACUUACAAGGAAGCACAGUCAAUGGCACAUGUGCUGUGUCAACUUCAAGUAGUCUAGAUAAAGAUGUAACUCGGUUAUGGCAUAUGCGGCUUGGGCAUAUGAGUGAAAGAGGGAUGAUGGAGCUUAGUUGCAGUUUGGCAAAGGAGUUCAUCAAACUCAAGACACAGUUGAUUACAUUCACUCAGACUUGUGGGGUCCCUCGCCUGUUGCAUCAAAAGGGUAGUGAAGUGCAUAUUUCUAGGGUACGCUUCCAGGAUAAAGGCUAUAGACUGUGGUGUGUUGAGAAGUCAACUCGGUUCUUCAUGAGCAGAGAUGUAACCUUUGAUAAGUCAGCUAUGCUCCAAAAAGCAAAAGAGGAGUCAACAAUUGCAAAGCCAAACCAUGGAGUUAGCAAGCAACUGGAGUUUGAAGCAACAACUCCAAAAAAGGCAGUGCGAGAUGACAACAUUGUCCAAGAGAAUCUAGAUGUGGUGCAAGAUCCAGAGCUAACAAAUACUCCAUUGGAGGUGGAGACACCUGAACAAACACAACAGCAGAGAAAAGAAGGAAUCCCAAAGGUAGAGACACCCAGAUUCAAGGCCAGAUUGGUUGCGAAGGGUUUCACACAACGAGAGGGUAUUGAUUUCCAUGAGGUAUUCUCUCCUGUGGUGAAACAUAGCUCUAUCCGUGUUUUACUUGCCAUGCCAGAAGGAUUCAUAGUUUCAGGAAAAGAAGAUCAUGUUUGUUUACUCCAUAAAUCCUCAUGUGGAUUGAAACAAUUGCCUCGGCAGUGGUACAAACAAUUUGACAACUUCAUGGUUAAGAUUAGAUUCACUCGGAGCAACUAUGAUAGUUGUGUCUAUCAUAAAAAGCUUGGAGAUGGUUCUUGGGUUUACUCGCUGUUGUAUGUUGAUGACAUGCUUAUUGCUGCCAAAAGCAUGUUAAUCAUUGAUAAUUUGAAAAAGCAGCUUAGUGGUGAGUUUGAGACGAAAGACUUGGGUGCAGCUAACAAGAUCUUAGGAAUGGAGAUUCACAGGGACCGCAAGCGAGGUAAGUUGUUUCUCUCUCAAAAGAAGUACAUUGAAAAAGUACUUGAGCGGCUUAGCUUACAUGAAGCUAAGGCUAUGACUACUCCUUUGGGAGCACAUUUUAAGCUUUCAUCAAAUUUGUCACCAGAAACGAAGGAAGAGAAGAAGUUUAUGGCGCAUGUUCCUUCUGCGAGUGCUGUUGGGAGCUUAAUGUAUGCUAUGGUAUGUACUCGUCCUGAUAUUUCACAUGUAGUCAAUGUGGUUAGUCGGUAUAUGGCUAAUCCAGGUAAAGGACAUUGGGAAGCUAUGAAAUGGAUCCUCUGGUAUUUACGAGGCACGGUAGAUGUUGGACUAGUCUAUGAUCGGAGUGUUGAUCCAAGUGGAAAUGUAGUCAGAUUCGUCAACUCUGAUUUUACCGGUGAUUUGGACAAAAGGAGAUCAACUACAAGAUAUGUCUUUACUCUCUCAGGAUGUGCCAUUAGUUGGAAAGCUACAUUGCAAUCAACAGUAGCCUUGUCAACAACUAAGGCGGAGUACAUGGCAAUUACUGAGGCAGUAAAUGAAGCAUUAUGGCUGAAGGGUUUGGUCAAUUAUCUCGAGGUAGAACAAAAUGAGAUGAUGGUGUUUUGUGAUAGUCAAAGUGCCAUGUACCACAAGAGAACCAAACAUAUUCAAUUUCGGUAUCACUUUGUCCGGGAGGUUAUAUCCAAUGGAGAUGUGCUUGUUGAAAAGAUAUCAACUAACGAGAAUCUUGCAGAUAUGAUGAUAAAGCUGAUAAGUGGAAUCAAGUUCAAGCAUUGCUUGGACUUGAUUAGUGUCCAAAGUGCUUAAUGCCCAUCAGGGCGUAUUGGCACCAAGGGAAUGAAGCUAUUGGUCCUGA